AUGAAAGGAUUACUUACAUUUUUCUUUGCCGAUGACAUUAUAAAGUACUUGAGAUUAUUGGAUACAAGGUUGGAGACUAUAAUUGCCAGUAAUACAAGAUUGAGAAUAUAUGAACACUUGAUUGUACUGGUGGCAUUAGGUUAUUCAAUAAGGUCUCUGUUGAAAUGGUCUGUCGAUGAUCUGAAGGAUGUGGUAUGGCGCUGGUCAAAGACAUUGGCACCGCAAGUACACCGUCGUAUACAAGGCGAGAUCGACACACAGGUCGACGAGGUCAUCGAAGAGUCCUUCCCAGAUAUCAAGGGCAUGCCAUACCUACGCGCGAUACCCGACGAGGGACUAUCAUCCAAGGAGAUCAAGAGGAUACUACAGGUGAUCCAUGACAGUGACGUAGAUCCGCGCAAGGGCAAGCUGUUUGCAUACGUUUAUCCAACGGGCGAGAAGCACGAGAAGAUCAUCAUGAAGGCUCAGAACAUGUUUGCCCAUUUGAAUGCGCUCAAUCCGACGGCAUUCCCCUCUCUGCGCAGGAUGGAGGUGGAGGUCGUCCAGAUGUCGAUCGCUAUGCUCAAUGGCGGGCCCGACGCUGUCGGCACCAUGACCACUGGCGGCUCAGAGAGUAUAUUGAUGGCCCUCAAAGCGUACCGUGAUCGUGCUCGUGACCUGUAUGGCAUUACACAACCCGAGGUCGUUCUGCCCAUCACAGCCCAUCCCGCCUUUGAGAAGGCUGGUCGCUACUUCUCCAUCAAGAUGGUCUACGUUCCAAUUAAUGGACGCAUGGAGGUGGACAUCUUCAAGAUGCAACAAUCAAUCAAUCGCAACACCAUCCUACUAGUUGGCUCUGCUCCACAGUAUCCACAUGGCUGCAUGGAUCCCAUUGAACACCUGGCCGCACUGGCUCGCAAGAAGAACCUGCCACUCCACGUCGACUCGUGCGUUGGAGGCUUCUUCCUGCCGUGGAUUGAGCGCGCUGGCUAUCCUGUGCCACCAUUUGACUUCCGAGUCGAUGGCGUCACAUCAAUCUCUGCUGACAUCCAUAAGUAUGGUUACGCGACCAAAGGCUCGUCCGUGUUGCUGUUCAAGAGCGAUGAGUACCGUCAGUAUCAGUUCAUGUCGUACACGGGCUGGCCUGGUGGACUGUUCGUGUCUCCCUCAAUCCUCGGUACAAGGAGUGGCGGUAACAUUGCCGCAGCAUGGGCAUCGCUGGUAUCUCAUGGUGUCAAUGGAUUCCAGUCGAUGGCCGUUGAACUGAUGAAGACCAGCACAGCCAUCCAGAAUGGCAUCGCCAACAUUGGUGGAAUACGUGUUGUUGGUCGACCCGUGAUGACCAUCAUAUCGUUCGAGUCUGACGACGACCCCCUGGUCAACAUACAUGCCGUGGGCGACUUGAUGCAGACGGUGGGCGGUUGGAAGCUUGAACGUCAACAUCUACCAAACACCUGCCACAUGACCCUAUCGCUAGGCCAUGUUGGAAUCGAGAACAGUUUCCUCUCAGACCUUGCCAACUGUGUGAACAAAGUACGUCAAGAUCCUCAAAAGUAUGCCAAGCAGGGCACGGCUGCAAUGUACAGCGGCAUCUCCAAAGUUCCAUUGCAUCAGAUUGCCGAUCAGUUCCUCGUCACAUUCCUUUGUCGCACCUACCGACUUCCUGGCCUUUUGGGAGCAGCCAUCCAUCCAUGA